AUGGACAUGGAUACAGGCAUGUCUGGAGGCCCGGACCUCACGAAUGCGGGCCUGAAUAUGUCGAAUUAUACAGUGGCCUCGGAUUUCCUGGCUGCACUUCUAGAUGAUUCGGUUUUGCAACAGUCCGAUUAUGCGAUUGCUCGAGCCUUUUGGUACGGGAUUGUCGUCGUGAUCGUGUUGGCGGGAGUUGCCAACUGGAGCCGAUGGGGAUUGCUGAAGUUGAGAUUACGUGCCGCUGCAGCAAAACAUCCACGACCUGCUACCUCUUCUAACUCAGUUACAUCGCUGCUGGCUGGCUGUACUGCGGUUAUUCGAGAGGUCGUCUACCAUCAACUCACCCCAGCAAACUCUUGGUUGCGGGUCCCGACAUUCGGAUCAAUCCUGCUCAUCCUGGUGUAUUUUGGAUACGUCAUGGGACUGCAAUUCUUCAACGUUGACUACCCUGGUGCUCAACACUGGCAAGCGCAGGGCCUCCGCGCAGGAUGGCUCACGAUCGCUCAAUUUCCUCUCCUACUUCUCCUUGCUGGGAAGCGGAAUCUAAUUGGAUACGCCGUCGGUGUAUCCUAUGAGCGACUGCAGAUAUUGCACCGAUGGGUAGCGCGAAUUAUGCUAUUGACCGCUACUAUACACGGCGGUGUUCAAGCCUACGGCUGGAAGAAGAAUAAAGUUUUGAAGCUUGAGAUUGAUACAGAUAGCUGUAUCCCGACAGGAUUCGCCACCUGGAUUCUCCUCCUCUGGUUGGUGUUCAGUGCAACGGCUCCUAUCCGAAACUGGCGGUAUGAGUUUUUCGUGAUUCAACAUAUCAUCACUUUCGUCGGCCUUGUAGUGGCCAUAUUCUACCACUUACCCUCUACCGCCCUAUCCUCCAGGAUCUACGCCUGGAUUGGAAUCGGCGUUUUUAUUUUCGACCGCCUACUGCGGGGUCUUCUCUUUGCACUUAACAACAUGAAGCCCGCAAAAGCAGUCAUCCACGAGCUGCCUGGCGACGUCACAAAAAUCCGGGUCACAUCGCCCCGAAUCAAAAAUUGGACUCCAGGACAACAUGUAUUCUUAUCGAUUCCUGAAUUGGGACUCGGUCAAUCACAUCCGGCCACCAUUCUAUCGAUUCCCUCAUCUCAUGAUAAUGAUCUCGUCUUUAUCUUGGGGGCCUGCCGAGGCUUUACUCGACGGUUACUACACUCAGCUAAAGCAUCCUCUACAGACCUGUCCCAAAAAACUGUAGAGGAGGAAGAGACUGUACAAACAGAAGGUCGGCUGUGUUCUUUGAUCGGCGGCCCGUAUGGUGGCUCACAUUCCGAUUUCGCGGCGUUCGACACGGUUCUUCUCAUUGCGGGAUCAACCGGUGUUACAUUUACAUUACCAAUACUCCUCGAUAUUGCUCAGAGAUCACAAAAUCAGGCUCUUCCAGUCCGAAGAGUGGUAUUCGUCUGGGUCAUCAAGAAAACGUCCUGCACAGCAUGGAUUGCAGACGAGUUACAACGAGCAACGAAAAAUCUGAGCAGCGCCGGAAUUGAAAUCGAAGUUCAAUUAUUCGUUACUUGCGAUAUCGAACCUUCAGAAGCUUUCGAGAAAAAGGCAGGGUGCAAGUGCAGCGUUUCUGACGGACCGUGUUGCUGCACUAGGAUCCAGGAUACUUCGGAUGCAAUUACCUCAGAGGAAAAACCGACAGUGGGCAGGUCAUUGUCUUCCCCUUCUUCUACCUUCAAAUCAGGUCGGCCCCAGCUUAAACCCCUUCUCUGGGAUAUAUUGGAUCAUGCCCAGGGAGAAACCGGUGUUGCAGUCUGUGGUCCUUUGUCGUUAGUGAGCAGUGUCAGAAAUACGGUCGCUACUGUUAGCGAACAACGCGGCUCUGACAAGGGAACUGGUGCUCAAGGGGUUUAUCUACAUGCCGAGAGCUUUUCUUGGUAA